AUGUUAGCAGCUUUUCGGGAGAACGAAGAGGUUAAUUCCUCAAGCAGUGCUUCAAGUUCAAGGAACUCAAGAGUAGCUUCUUCUGUAGUUGGAGUGCCUUUGACACAUAAAUUGACCGCGAUUGCUCCUCUCUCGUCUUCUUAUGCAGGUAGAGUGACUGUGCCAUCAUUUAUCUCCACUCAUCCUACAACUGGCAAUCCUGUGGUCCCUCAUGCUUCUCAGCCACCCGUUUCGGCUUUGUCGGCACAAUCCUUGUUUGAUUCUCCAUUUACUACCAUUGACCAGCAGCCCGAUCUUGGUGCCUUCGGUUGGGAAAGUAUUUGUAGUCGGCCCCAAUUAAGCACCAAUACAGGGAAAAUGGUUACCAAAUAAACAGUGGCACCUUUGAUGAGCUUACGGAUCUCCUGGAGGAAAACCUAUAUGCCCAAGAGGCCAAGCCUCAAACCUACCUGGAUGGCAAACUACUUGUUGCUCCUGCCAAAAAAGGGUGGCAGAGAUCACAGUCAUUCUCACAUGGAUUCUGGCCUUUACCAUUUACCAGUGGAUCUUCUACAGUACUCGCCCUUCUUGAUGACAGGAUACAACUCGGUAUAAGAUACUGAUCCUCCUGACAGCUUGUCAUUUUCCUGGUCCGGCAGGGUUGAAUUAUGACACCACAUUCAGGAAGGAUGCAUCAGCCUCUCCAGGUCUAGCCCAUUGGUGUAAGAUGAAGCCGUAUUUACCUAUACAAUUUCCACACCUGCACUCCUGGCACCGUUGCUGGUCAAUCAGCACCUCACCUGGCUCCUCUGCCACCUACCUCAGCAUCAUCAACCACCCUGCCUAA